CGCCGUGAUCCCAAAGUUGGGCUCUGCUUGUGCGUCACGGUCACCUGUGAAUCUGACCAGACAAGGAAACCAUCCUUGCAGAUACCAGCAAGCGCUGAAUUGCGACCAAUAGAGCGCAACAUUUGUGCUGGGGAACGGGCAAUAUUACUCUGAUUACGCGAGCUGAAAGGAAACGUCACAAUGGCGGGGCUCGAUGCAAAGAAGGUGGCAGAGCUGAAGAACUUUAUAUCAGCUGUUGACGCCCAUCCUGAAUUGCUGGCCGAACCUCGUCUGGCAUUCUUCCGCACGUACCUGGAAAGUUUGGGGGCCAAGCUCCCAGCGGCUGCUUUCAAGACCAAAAGUGUACCCACACCACCACCGCAGGCGAAGCCCGCCCCCGCUGCUGAUGACACCGACGAUGACGACGACGAUGACGACAUGCCCCCCUUGGAGGACGAGGUCCCUGCGGCUGCAGCUGGAGCCGGGGCCCAUUCACACUCCCAUGGAGCCCAUUCUCACACUCACGGUCCUGGUUGUAAUCACGGUCACAAUCACGAGGAGGUAGAAGAAGAGGAAGAAGAGGAGGAGGAGGAGGAAGAGGAAGAAGAAGAAGAAGAGGAGGUGUUGGACCUGGGAGACGACAACGAGGGGGUGAUUGAGCCCGACAAUGAUGAGCCUCAGAAGAUGGGAGAUUCAUCCAAGGAGAUUUCCGAGGAGGAUUACGAUGCUGCAGUUGCGUCAAAGGGCAAAGCAAUGGAAGCCAUGGCCGAGGGUGAUUUGCCGACUGCUAUUGAGCACUUCACCGAGGCUAUCCUGCGCAACCCGUCCUCCGCUAUCCUGUAUGCCAACAGAGCAAGCGCUUUCAUCAAGGCGAAGAAGCCGAACGCGGCCAUCCGAGACUGCAACGCUGCGAUGAAGAUCAACCCCGACUCAGCCCGGCCGUACAAGUGGCGCGGCGAGGCGCAUGCGUUGCUGGGUCACUGGGAGGAGGCCGCCAAAGACCUGCGCGUGGCCGCCCGGCUCGACUUCGACGAGGAGACAGACGCGUUCCUCAAGACGGUCGAGCCAAAGGCGCAGAAGAUUGCCGACUUCAACCGGCGGAAGGAGCGUCGGGCCAAGGAGCGAGAGGACAAGAAGAAGGCCAAAGAGAUGGCCAAGAGGAAGAAAGCCGCGCAGCGUGCAUACGAGCAGCAAAAGAAGGAGGAGGAAGCGCGCGGCGGCGGCGGAUUUGCCGGUGGCGCGGGCGGCGGGUUUGGAGGAGGGGGUUUCGGCGGGGGAACGGGAGGGGGCUUUCCAGGGGCCGGGGGUGCACAGCCGGACAUGAGCAAGCUGUUCAAGGACCCCGAGCUGAUGGCAGCCAUGCAGGAUCCAGAGGUCAUGGCAGCACUUUCCGCGAUGAACAGCGAUCCUAGCUCAUUCGCCAAGUACGCAAGCAACCCCAAGGUGAUGCAAGUUCUGGACAAGCUCAAGGGGAUGGGGUUGGCAGGGUAGGAAAUUUUGAGGGCCCAACGUACAAAGAAAUAGUUGACGUGGGCAUGUUCAGAACCUAUGCAUCAGUGCGAUCGUGAUUAUGUAGGGGUGCAAAUGUUGCCGGCCCUUCCUGAGUUGUCACUGCUUUUGCACGAAAGCACCAAGACGUUGUUCCCGUUGACUAGGAGAUGAGAGGAGAUGGAAUGCGUCAGAAAAGUCAGCUCUGUAUGCUUUGAGUACGGAUCAGCCUGCACUACCCGUGUGUAUGCGGGCAAUAAACCUACGUUCUCUGACACAACGUGCCAUGGUAUCAAGCACUGUCACUGCUCUGAAAUUUCAAUGGAAGAUUAAAAGUGCA